GUAUUUUGAUGCACAUUCUGAUUCUGAUUCUAGAAUCCUGCUGCAUCUUGCGUUGCUAACUGAAAUUUACCUAGAAAUUUUACCUACACAAUACAACGUUGUGGGUGGACAAUUUACCUAGCAAAUCUUUAAUCAUGGAUAAAGUUGAGGAUGAACAAUCAGUUGAGGCUGGAGAAUCUGCUGAGGCCAGAAUUGAGGCUCGUCGAAAGCGUAUUGCCUCAAGAGUCCAGACCAAGAGACAUGUGGUUGGAGACGACAUCCACGAGGAAGCUCGGCCAAGUCAGAGACAGGUGGAAGAAAGUGAAAGAAACAUGACUAAAUUAAAAGCAGAUGGCACAGAGCUAGUUACCAACAUUUUGAUGGUAGCCGAUGAAAGGGAAAUAACGAGGAGAGAAAAACUAAGGGAGGCAAACAGACUAAGAUUGGAAAAGCUGGAAAAUGAUGCCAAGUCCAGCACAGAGAAGUUCAGUAAGAUCAUGAACAAGUGGACUGAGGCCAAGACCAAGGUGAUACCUGAGAAUCUGAGAGACGAUCUAAGAAAACAGCAACAGCUCUGUUGGCAAAUCGUUGAAGACAAGAACAAACUCAUCAAGGAAUUACAGAAGGAGCUGAAAGGUAGAGAUGAUCGUUUUGUGAAAGACCGUAAAAGGGAUGCAGAAGAAGUAGGUCUCCUAAUUGAAAGGAUGCAGGAACAGAUAUCAAGUCUGAAGAAAGACUAUAGAAAAGAGCUGGACAUAAUUGAGAACUCCUUUAGAGAUGAGUGGAAGGGUUUACUCACAGACAGCAUGAAGACAUUGGAGCAGCAGAGAAAGGAACGAAGCAACAAAGAGCUGGAGUUCUUGAAGCAGAGAAUGAAGAUGUUGGAGGAGCACGAGACCCUGCUGGAUCGUCUGAGAACGGACAGCGCAGAGGAGUACAACAAGCUCAGAAUUAAACUAGAGACUGAUGUACAGUGUCUAGAGCAAGACCUGCAGGAAACGAAGGCUUCCUACCAGGUUAAUCAGGAGAAGCAGAAGUACAACGCAGAAAUGCUCAAGAGACAUGAGGAAGAGUAUGCCAUUAGUAACGCUGAGCAGAUGAGGAAGAUCACCAGACUGCAGGACAUACGCAACAACCUGAAGAAAGCAUGUGCUGUUCAGGAAAAGCAGUCCCGUGAAGUGAUCCAGUCAGUUACCAAUAAGUGUAACCGCCUCGUGCAGCAGUACAAAGAUACUGACAAGAAGAAAAGGCAUUUUGAGGCAGUUAAUGCCAAGCGUUACAAAGACAUUUGGCUGAUGAAUGAGGAUGAGGCCAAAGAGUUAGUGUGCAAAGCUGUGGACUUGGAGCGAGUUAUUCAGGAACAGGUGCUGGGCCUGACCUGGAGUCCCCCAACACUUCCCUUCAUGGACCAUUCCAGCCAUAAACAGUCCCAGCGUUCAGCUCAGCACCUUCUGGGAGAGAAGGAUGAGUAUUGGUAUCAGACAGAGCGAGAAACUGAGUCUGACAGUGUGGAGAGUAGCAUAACCUGGAUGGAUCAUAAAACAGUAAAGAGGGUGCUGGAUCUUCUGUGUGAUGAGAUGGGUUUUAUAAUACAGAGUAAUUUUGAUGAGCUACUCUCAAAAAUGGAGAAGAGUGAACUGAAUGUUAUGAAGCUAGAGACCAUCUUGUCUGCCUUGGAGAUUGAGAAUGAAGAGGAUAUAAACAAAAUGACCAAGUUCAUUUUGAGAUAUAAACUGCACCACACAGGGAAGGUAGAGGAGGACAACGAGGUAGAGGAUGAGUCCAGUCUUAUCCACCCAAAUGACCUUCUGAGAGCACUCCAAGCCUUUACUUCCCAGUACUCUAAGGCCAGAGAAAUACCUCGAAACAAGGGAAGUGGUCUAAUGCUGGAGAGGAUGACUGACUCUGAGGCCAAAGCAUAUUGGGAGAACAUAGCUAACAUCAUCCCUGUGUCCAAACUCAAAGUCUGGAGGGCUUUGAAGGCAGGCCUCAAAAAGUACCAUACUGAGCUGACUAAAAGAUCCAAGCUUCUGACCGAAACCCAGCAGCUCAAACAACAAAACUCCGAGCUCAGCAUGCUCCUGCACGAAUACCAGAACUCCAGUGAAUGCAAAUCUGAUGAUUCCACCCAUAAAUAAAUAAAUUAAAUUUAUGAGCUCA